UCCGUUCCUUCCAAAGCUUAUAUCUAUGCCUAGACAACUCCAAGUAGUAUUGAGCAGAAUAUCCCAAGAACCAGCAACACCAUAUCCCCCAACACCAGCCUCCCUCCAUAACCCAGUACCCAGGCACACACCAAAUCCCCACAACUUCGCGAAUACCAAGCAUCCCACCAACCCACCAGAUCCCAGAGCACAGCCACAUCUCCCAACAGCCAGACACCUACAAACAAACUUUGUAUAAAUCUAACCUACAUACUAUGUAGUUUGCCUAGC